UGCAGGGCACACCCUGCACUCAUCCCACCAAGGUAGCCUGUCUCUUCCCGUGAGCCGGCGCCCCGACACCAUAUUUCAGCCUCUGAAAUUGGUCUGUUCUCGUGUUCCUUGAGUGCGGCUAAUGCUACACGAUAUGCCCCUCAUAUUGCAUCACCUGGGCAUCCCGGGUGGGUCGACAGACCUCUCCUCUUCACCGCAGCAAAUCUUCAGCCCGCGGCUCGCAUAACCAUGGCAUCCGGCGGUUUCCCAACAACCUACAAAUACCGGCCCCUCGAGAGCGAUCGCCACAUCCGCCUGCUGCAAAUUCUGACCAACAGCGACGAUGACAAGUCACAGAUGGAGCUUCCAAACGAAGACGCACAGCUAGAAUUCGAAGCAAUCUCUUACACUUGGGGCAAACCUGAUCGUGAUCUCAUCGGGCUCACCGAGAACCUUUCCCAAGCGCUGCCGCAUCUCUGCCAUCACUCGUCAACCAAGCUACUGUGGAUUGACCAGCUCUGCAUUAAUCAGAUUGACCUGGCGGAGAAGUCAAAACAAAUCCUUCUCAUGUCACAAAUCUACAAGUCCGCCCGCAGAGUACUAAUCUGGCUUGGACCUGCAGACGAAAACAGCCGGCUAUGCAAGCAAUUCCUCGAUGCAGCUGCAAAGAUGAUACAGGGGAUGCCCAAUUCAGACAGAAUGACACCCGGAAUGCGCAGCACAUUCAUCAGCCCAGGCACCGAUCCAAUAUACGCGCCCGCCAUCCGAAAUUUCUGGUCUCGUCCAUGGUUUUCGCGUGGUUGGGUUGUGCAGGAACUUUUGCGAGCGCAAACGCCGAGUUUUCUCGCCGGUGAUGUCGAGAUGAACAUGCAAGAUCUUGCCGAUCUGCAGACCAUCCCACCGGCCCACCAGCCCGGCGAAGCCGAGCAGACCUGGUACAGCUACAAUAUUCUCAUGAACCUUAAGUUACAUGCUUUCACCGACGAACAGCCACUCCGCUUUCUUCGCGUCAUGUAUCAAGUGAGCCAGGAAUUCCUGACUUUGGAGCUAGCCGACCAACUCUACGCUUUCUUAGGCAUGCUGGAAGGCUCCUCUUUCACACCAGAUUAUUCCGUCUCUACAAAAGCGAAUUUCACAAGAUUUGCGGCAUCUCUUGCGGACGAUUUUGGCUCGCUGGACUUCCUGUCUCUCUGGUCCGCAAAUCUCGACGAGCUGUUGCCGAAUACACCACAGGAGCUCAAGGGUUUCCCUUCCUGGGUGCCAUCGUGGUCCGCCACACCCCUCUCAGCGCCAUUCCGAUUCGCAACUGGGGGUGUGCGAUCGCUGCGGGGUGAAAUUACUUGGAAUGCGGCGGAUGGGCGGCAACACGUGCAUCUGGAAACCCAAAAUGGCGAUGCUGCAACUACUGGCCGUUUGGUUGUAAAAGGCAAGAUCAUUGGCUUCAUUGAAACCCUUAGCAGCGCAAGAUUCCAUCUCUACGAGGACCCUCCUAAUGAGUACCUCGACGGCCUUGUCACCCAGCUCAAACAGGAUCUCCCUGGGCUCGAAGAAUGGACGACGAAAGACAUGAUCGCAUUCCUAAACGUCGUAGCGUCGAAUGUGCUAGGACUGAAACCAAAACCGCUUUUCAACGAGGUGGCCAAUCUAUCGAGAUACAAUGAGGCUCUUGCAACUUGUCUUUCUACAGGGCGGGGUCGGCGUUUUAUCAGAAUGAGGGAUGGUCGACUUGGCCUUGGCCCAUACAUUGGAACCAAGGCUCGGGGUGAAGAAAAGAACGGCUCACCGGUUGUGGUUAUUCAUGGUUGCAGUGUACCGAUUGUAUUGGAUGUCGUAAGCGAGGAGCGGAAUGAGUACACGGUUGUGGGGGAUGCCUAUGUGGAAGGCAUCAUGCAUGGUGAGGCUGUGUUGUGGGCGGAGGAAGAUGCAAAUACUUUUGUUCUUGUUUAGCCAUGUUGUCGAGAGGUCUGAGUGGGAGACGGACUCCCGGAAUGAGUGC